UCUUCCAAAGCACUUAGCCAAGGUCGAUCCUCCCUUUCAAUUCCGAUUAGCUAAAUGCAGGUGCGGAGUGACUCAGCUUGCUCCCACAGUCUCCAGAGGUCCCUUGCAGCCCUAGCAAUUCUGCCGUUCCACUUGCAUUAUUCCAUUUGCUGCCUCUCCCCAGUGCCGCUGGCAGAGCUCUCGCUGAUGAACAAGCUGAUCCACACAUCCCUGGUGGAGUCUGACCAGCACGUGGAGAUCCUGCAGCGGGACCCCAGCUCCCCGCUCUUCUCUGUCAAGACCUUCGAGGAGCUGCCCCUGAAGAGGGAGCUCUUGCGGGGGGUUUACAUGAUGGGCUUCAACAGACCAUCCAAGAUCCAGGAGCAGGCUCUGCCCCUCAUGCUGGCAUACCCGCCCCAAAAUCUGAUUGCCCAGAGCCAGUCAGGGACAGGGAAAACAGCAGCUUUUGUCUUGGCCAUGCUGAGCAGAGCCAAUGCCAACGAGAAAUACCCGCAGUGCCUCUGCCUGGCUCCCACCUACGAGCUGGCCCUGCAGAUCGGGCAGGUGGUCCGGACCAUCGGGAAGUUUUGCACUGACAUCAAGGUGAACUACGCUGUCCGGGGAAACCGAAUUCUGAAGGGCAUGGUGCUGGAGGAGCAGAUCAUCAUCGGGACACCGGGCACCACGCUGGACUGGUGCUUCAAGCAGCGCAUCCUGGACCUGACGAAGAUCUCCUUGUUUGUGCUGGAUGAGGCCGACAUCAUGAUCGACACGCAGGGCCUCUCCUGCCAGAGCAUCCGCAUCCACAGGGCUCUUCCCACGAGCUGCCAAGUGCUGCUGUUCUCGGCCACCUUCAAGGAACCCGUGCGGGCCUUUGCCGAGCGGAUCAUCCCCGACCCCAUCGUGAUCAAGCUGCGCGAGGAGGAGCUCACGCUGAGCAACAUCAGGCAGUACUUCAUGGUGUGCCAGAACUCGGAAGAGCAGUACAAGGCCCUCUGCAACCUCUACGGCAGCUUCACCAUCGGCCAGGUCAUGAUCUUCUGCCAGACCCGGAGGCUCGCGGACUGGCUGUCGGAGAAGAUGAGCCGGGACGGGCACCAAGUGGCCACGCUGACGGCAGAGCUGACGGUGGUGCAGCGGGCCAGCGUCAUCCAGCGCUUCCGUGAAGGCAAGGAGAAGGUGCUCAUCGCCACCAACGUCUGUGCCAGAGGGAUCGACGUGCAGCAGGUCACCACUGUGGUGAACUUCGGCCUCCCCAGGGAUGUGAAAGGAGAGCCAGACUUUGAGACCUACCUGCACCGGAUCGGCAGGGCGGGACGCUUCGGGCACCGCGGCAUCGCCUUCAGCAUGGUGGAGAACGAGACCGUGGAGCUCGUGCACAAGAUAGAGGAGCAUUUCCGUGAGUAUCCAUGGGGAUCCACUGCUCUGGGAGGCAGGACUGGGACUGUGAUCCCCCUCGGCUCAUCCUGCCCCUCAGACCUUGCGGGGCUGCUCCUCUCCCCAGAGCUCAUCCCACUGGGAAUGGGUGACAGAUGCAGCUUUUAGGGUGGUUUUUUGCUUCCCAGCAGCCAAAUUUUCCAAGAAACAGCCCUGGAGAUUGUGUGAAACUCGCAAGGGACAUUGCCAGCACUCAGGAUGCCUCAGCACCUCCUUUUUUUCCCUCCUUCAGGCAUUUUUUCUGCCUUUCCCUGCAAAUCCUUGUCCCGGGGGACCUGGUGCCACGGUUCAACUCAGCCCUGGCUGUGGGACAGGAGCUGGUAGCUGGGGAAAUCUUUCCUGAGUGGAAAUAGAUUGUCACUUGUUAACAUCAAGAGGAUUUUCGUGGGAUUUGCCAGAUGCUGUGGCUGCACCAAUUGCUUUUUGAAUCCCAGUGCCUGUUUUCCCUGUGAUUUUUAGGGGGAAAAAAGGGUUAUGGAAACCUUUUGGUGGGCAGAAAGUGCUGUUCCAUCCUCAGUCUCAGCCUUGCCGCUGCUUAACCCUCUUGGUUCCUUUAAAUUUCCACCUGUCCUUUAAAUACCAAGCGAGCCCAUGGCAGACACCAGGCAGGGAAGACACGAGCCAAAUAGUCUGGCAGAGAUUGUUCCCAAGCAGUAGAAGCAAUGAGCAGCUGCAAUAAGUGGGAUGUGGAUGAGCCUGACCACAAACAUGGCCAGAAUGAGCCGAAGGAGCCCAGUGUGAGGAUGAAAAUCCAACGGGAUGAACUCCUGGCGAUCUGACCUGUGCUUUUUCACGUCAUGACGUUGGGAUUCGAGGACACAAACCUUCCCUGUCCUGUGUGGCUGCAGAGGUGGGAGCAGGGAGUGGGAGCACAUCCUCAGGCUGAGCCUGGUGUGAUGCUGCUGCAGGGCUGCCUCACUCUUGCUGCCGUGCCUUGGCUGCUGCCCUGACCCUGUUCCCCUCGUGCUUCCUUCCGGCUCAUUUCCCCACUGAUCCCGUUCCCUCCACGCUUCCUCCCGGUGGAUUUCCCUGUGGAGGGAGAUGCUGAUCUUCCCAGCUGGCACGGGGCAUGCCGGUAGUGCAGACACCGGCUCGGGGGGACAAGCUCUGCUCUCACCUCCUGACAACUUCUUGUUCCUUCCUGCAGAGACCACAAUCAAGCAGCUGGACCCGUACGACAUGGAUGAGCUCGAGAGGCUUGCAGCUGAGUGAGGAGUGGGGAUUCACUCCCCCAAAUCCAAGUUUUGGUUCAUACCAGGAGGAAAAGUUUCAGGGGAAAACUUCCCGGUUCUCUUGUGUUCUGAAGCUGUUGAGUUUUGUUGUAUUGCCUGAGGAGAGGCUGGAGCAGGCCUCAUCCCGCUAGAUGGCAGCAGGAAUCCACCACUGCCGUCCCGAAUCCCGGGCUGAAAUCCCAGUGUUCGGGGUCCCAGCAGUGUGGAGAGAGUUGUUGGACCCUGGGGGCACAAAAUCCAAGCAUUUGGGGUCCCAGCAGUGUAGUGAGAGACGUUGGACCCUGGGAGCGGCCUGUCCCCGGUCCAGGGCUGUGUUUGUGCCUUUGUUAAUCUUAAAUAAAUUGUUUAUAAUCCUCA